AAAAAGCACGUGCAGGAAUUUAUGAAUGGUGUAGAUAGUCUUGGAAUUAAAUUUAAUAUGCGAUUAUGUAGAUUUAACUAGUUAUGAAUAAUGGACUUUGUUGAGAUAAUGAUCGCUGCGUGAUUUGGAAUAUAAGCCUGGAGAUCUUUCAGAGUUUGACGUGAUAUGCUGCACGGAAACAUGGUGAGAUGAUAAUAAUAUUCCUGAGUUGUUACAUCUCGUUUAGAAGAGACAGACAAGUGGACAGGCACGGUGGAAUUCUAGUAAAUUAUGGGGCUGUUCGAAACAAAUCAUCCUUUCAAAGGCCAGGUGUUCAAGGAUAUUAGAAGCAAAUGUAUAAAAGCCGGCUCCCUUUUCAAAGACCCUACAUUUCCGCCCACUGGCUCCUCGAUUUACUACAGUAAAUCAUGUCCGGCUGAUAUUGUUUGGAAAAGACCAGGGGACCUUGUAUCCAAUCCAAAGUUUUUCGAAGCCGGAGUCAGUGCUGACGACUUUUCCCAGGGGUCGCUUGGCAACUGCUGGUUCGUGGCCGCGUGUGCUUGUUUGGCUGAGGACUCCAAACUCUGGAGAAAGAUAAUUCCUGACUCUGAAGACCAAGAAUGGGGCGAGAAGAAUAAGUACGCCGGCAUAUUUCACUUCAAAUUCUGGCGAUGUGGUACCUGGGUGGAUGUUGUCAUAGAUGACUACCUGCCUACUAGGGGCGGGAGGCUUAUCUUUGUACAUUCCAAUACUAGGAAUGAGUUCUGGUCAGCUCUCUUGGAAAAGGCUUACGCUAAGCUUGCCGGAGACUAUGAAUCUCUCGUGGCUGGUAAUGCGAAGGAUGCCCUUGUUGACAUGACAGGAGGGGUCGGAGAACGAAUAGACCUUCACGAUUAUACCACGGCAGAACAAAGAAAAGACCUCUUCAGAAUUCUCAAACAUUCGAAAGAAAACCACUCCCUAAUGAGUGCUUCUAUUGCAGCAACAGCUAAUGACAUGGAAGCAGAAUUAGCCUGUGGGCUGGUGAAAGGCCACGCCUACAGUGUUACGGCGGUGAAGAAGAUCAAACUUGGCACGGGGUUGUUUUCAGUAUUUGCAAGAGACCACCUACAGAUGGUCCGCUGUAGAAACCCCUGGGGCGGAACGGAGUGGAAGGGAGCCUGGAGCGAUGGUUCUGCUGAAUGGAAGAAAGUCAGCGAUAGCCAGAAGAAAGAGCUUGGUCUAACGUUUGACGACAACGGAGAAUUUUGGAUGUCGUACGAAGACUUUUGCCAGUACUUCACCAGCAUGGACGUAUGCCACAUGAUCAACCGGUCAUUCUUCUCCAUACAGAAGACGUGGCGGGAGGACAAGUUCAGAGGACAGUGGCGUCUACCUGACCGCUGCGGGGGAUGCGGCAACCAUUCCACUUUUCUCCAAAACCCGCAAUACAUCUUUGACAUCACCAGUGACGAAGAUGAACUUAUGAUUUCCCUGGAACAGAAGGACAAACGUGUAGACAAGGGAAAAGAUAACUACACAAUAGGAUUUUCUGUGUACAAGUCUGAUGUAAAUCGGAAGUACCGAAUGCACGACAGAUUGGAACGAGUAUCAUCCGGGCCUUUCGUCCUAUCCCGUAGUGUAUUCAGUCGAGUUAAAUUCACUAGAGGGCGCUACUGUAUCGUUCCUUCAACCUUUGAUCCAGGCAAAUGUGGAGAAUAUGUGUUGAGGAUGUACGCAAGCAACCAAUUAAAUCUCACCGAGUUGUUACACGACGAGCCGAUGCCUGGCAAGUGUUGCUGCUUCACAAGAAAGAGGUCGCAAAUAGCUGCCACUCAGAUCACCCUGGUUAAGGCAGAAGGUCUCGAACCGCAAGACGCAGGGAAAACUGCAGACCCAUACUGUAUCGUAAAAUACGAAGGUGGCUCGAUAGAAAACAACUACAAGGAGGACACGCUGAACCCGGAAUGGAAUGACCGGGUCACGCUGUACCGUAAAGACCCGUACAAAGACGUCAUCAUAGAGGUUUGGAACCAUAACAUUAUCAAAGACCAGUUGAUGGGUAUUUGCACGUUACCUAUGGAGAAACCCCACCAGUACACUGGUGGAAAUGUCAUCAAGGGGUACAACCUGUUUACGAAAGGGAAAGAAGGACCCGUGCAAAAACCUGGCAGACUCUGGCUCAAAGUGUACCAUACUGAUAACAUGGCUGUGGUGUAGAAGUCAAAUAACAUUAGUAGCAAAUAAUUAGGGAAAUAUACUCGUCUUUGUGUCAUAUAAACUGUAUCUUAUUCUUAGCGGUUAACAUUGAACCAUUCAUAUCUCCAAGCAUAAAACAAUUAGAUUGGAUAUGCGUUGAUGCCUUACCUAUAACUUGAUACUGAUCAAUUUAAAUAGUUUACUUAUUUUUUGGUAAAUAAUAAUGCGCUUAAGUAUGAUAAAACACUAAGAGUGACAUUAACUUUCAUUUAUUUGCAUAAUUAAAUGUGUUGUAUCAGCAACAUACAUGUACAUCAUAUGGGAUUGUGCAAGUGUAAUGUUUUUCCUCAUCGGGGUCGGGAGAAAUAUGACAGGCCGGGCGAGACUUCCAUCCAGGAAAUAGUUUUUGCCCUGAAAAAUUUCAAAAGAUAUUUUACGAUGCAGAGAACGUCCACAGCACGAGGUUUUUUAAUAUUUCCUUGUCCUUGUGUGUCAUGUCCAGACCAACUGUAUUUGUCCGCCACCCAACCGCCGUUAGGCCAAAACCUUGGUGUGCAUAAUUGAAAUGUCUCUUUGAUGGUGCUUGAACUUUUGUGUUCUGCUUCUGUUUGGUUUUUAUACGUUUUGUUGAAGAUUCUAUGAAAAUAGUAUAUUUUUGGAUAAGAAUAUAUCGAGUUAUAAGCGAUGAUAAGACGUGCAUUUAUAUUUUUUGAAAUAUUUAGAGAAAGUAUUUAAUUGGGAUCUUCAUGUAUUUUUGUACCUCCUUACUCAUAUGAAUGUUAGCAAAUAUCAUGUAUUCAUCAAUUUCAAACAGCUAGCUUGCUUUUAAUAAACCAUUAGAUUAGAUGUGUAGGAUGCAAUAAACCUGAUUCAUUUAAAAAGAAAUAGUGAUUUCCUGUUUAACACUUGCUAUUCAUGCAAAGAAUAGUUUGAUAUUGUUCAAAUAAACAUUGUCAUCAGUAAAAAUCAUUAGCGUUCUUACAUAUUUGUAAUUCCCUCCAAAUUUGUAUAUUUCCCUUUCCCCAUAUUUAAGUUUUUCCAACACAGAGUUUGAUAUUAUUAAUUUAUUGCAUUUGUGUCGUCAAAAUGUCUUAACAUAAUUAUUUGAUUUUUGUAUUUUAAGUUCUCGCUUAAGGAUCUGCGCUAUUUCCUAGUGAUAUCAAUGUUAUUUCCAUAUUAAUAAUUGUAAUGAAUUCCUGCGUUAUAAAACCAUUUAUUAUACAAGCACAUGAUUUUAAUGAAUAUAGUACUUUCAUAACAUUAAUCAUUUUACAAUAAAAUGAUCCUCACAUUACUAGUCUUCUGUUUGUCUGUGAUAAACAUUUCAAGUGCGUUUGUUAAGUGCCAAAUCAUCUUUAUUUAUUGAAGCCAUCCGAUAUCAAAUCUAUACCGUGUUAUUUUAUAAAAUCUCGGAUAAUUACGAAAAUAACAUGUCUGUUAACCCUAUAUUUAUCGUAAGUAGUACCUUGGCUUAAGACAAUGUUUGUUCAUCACAAAUAUGUAAGCUAUAAGAUGAAAUACAACUUCAAUACUACGUUAUAAACUUGAAUUGGAAUCGAACAUGAACAUACUUCUCAAACGUUGAUGCUAAAAGCUAGUUUACACACAGGCAUUUGAUAGGUAUGAACUCUUAAUUUGGUGGCAUAUGACCUGUAAAACAUAUAGUGACAUAUAACCUUAAAUUAACUAUGUAUUUCUGCAGUUUUCUGACAUUUUCAAACUGUCAUAAUGCAUAGUUAUUUUAUGCUAGAUAGUUUACAGUUAUGUUUCUGACCGUAUUAGGCCUUUGAUAAAUCUAAUAAAAAAUAAAUUAAUUAAUGCCACUAAAUGUUUUAAAGGUCAAAUGAAACCAAGGCAAAAGUUCAUUCCUAUCAAAUGAUUGUGUUCUGUACUUGCUCAUGGCGUUACUCGUGAAACCCAUUCAGAUAAAUCCGACGUUCUAAUACUUUGUGUCGGUGACUUAAAAUGACAUUAUGAUAUUACCUUUUCUGUAAGGAUUGUCUUUGAUUAUUGUUGUUAACAUGUUUUGAUCAACAUUUGUUUUGUUUCUCAUUUUAUCUCUUGUUCUGUGAUCUUUGUGUUAGGUUUUUGUUCUGCUCAUCAAUGAUCAUGAUUUUCAAAUUUUGUUGUCAUAAAAAGUGAAAUGCAUUUUUGUACUUAUAUAUGUGAUUGGGUAAGUCAAGCUAUUGCAAUUAUUUAAACCUUGUAUCUAUGCUAAUAAAUUAAAGCUGCUUC